GCCUUACCAGUCUUCCAAGUCUUCUGAACUCUAGAUAUUGAUUCCGAACCAUAGCUAGAGAUGUCUAGCGCAGGACCUUCGGGCGUUGAAAAGCGCGGUUCAGCCGCGACGGUGCGCGCCUGCGAUACGUGUCGAAGAAGAAAGAGAAGAUGUAAAUGGGCCCCUGGCGCAAACAGCUGUACUCCUUGUCUUCAGAUCAAAGAAGAAUGUACGACUACUCAUGUACGCAAGCCGAGAUCGAAGCCUCAAAAACGGGACCGCAUCGCCGAAUAUGAAAGUCGGAUCCAAAGAUUGGAAGCUCUUCUCAAGGAACGUAGCGAAGCCCAACCGCAGGUCCAGGAGCAACCUCUUCAACGACCGGAUGAUCAGGUGCAUCUAUCUACCUUGGUGGACAACGUCCGGAACGAGGCCGCAGCCUUUCCAUCUAGCCAGGCCAUGAGUAUCAGUCCUCUCGCAUACGAAGGAGGCUUGGGACCCAUUGACCCGGAACGAAUCUUAACCGACCCAUCCCUGGACCCAAGCAGCACUGAAGACCCUCUAGACGACCUUUUCGAACCCUCAGCUGAGUUCCAAGAAGACGCCGCCAUCCUCCAAGACCCGUCCUUCCAACCCUCCUCAGCCUCAGCCUCCAUGUCAAACCUCAGCAUCUCCCCAGCCCCUGUCCCUCGCAUCCCUACCGCAUGCGAAUACUCCCUUCCGCCACCUGAGCUCGGCACCUCUCUCCUCGCCGAAUUCCUGGUCGACUUCAACACCGUCUACCCCCUGUAUCGCCCCUACGCCAUCGCAGAGCAUCUCCGGGUCUGCUACGCAGGCGGUUCAGAUGGCACGCCGCUCGCCUGGGCGAGCGUCUACGUCGUGUUGGGUAUCGCGCACCGCUCGCGCGCAAUGAGUGCGGUCGCUACGCCGCAGGAUAAUGCAAUGGCCGACUUCUACAUUGCGAGAAUUCUCCCGACUGUAUCGGGGCUGCUGCUCGCGCCGCCGAGUCUUGGUCUUGUGCAGUGUUUGCUAGGGGUUGCGAUGUUGAUUAGGACGAGUAGCUACUCGACUCCACAUGUGCUAUUCGUCUCAACAGCCCUGCGCAUAGCGCAAAGUCUCGCGUACAACGACGAUCAACACCUUGCAUCGACGACCGCUUCAGUUUCGGCCUCAGAAGAUUCAGAUGCUGACAUCGAGCAACAGCGCCGCGUCUUCUGGCUCGCCUUCAUCCAGGACACGGACGAAUCCAUCCUCAGCAAUCUACCCACAUCGCACCGCCGAGAAGACAUAACCACCAGCAUCCCGGACGAAAACCCAGAGGAUUCCUUGGGCGCUGUGAAAGCCGCCGAGGGGAACUGGACGGUGAACCUCUUCUCGCUCCGCGCCCGCCUAGCUCUCAUCCAAGCGUGGGCCAUCGAGCAAGUGUUCUCUAUCAAAGCGCGCAACAAAUCGGUGGAGGAACUUACCGCCGCCACGCACAGCCUUCUCGGCCGUCUGAGGGAAUGGCACAGGCAUGAGUUGUUUCAGCUUAAUGUGCAAGAACUGCAACAGUUGCUCUAUCGCUCCGAUUUUCUGCACGUGCUGACGGUCGAGGCGAGCUACUUUGCUACCGAGUUUCGACUCCAUGGGUUUCUGGCGCUGGGCAUGGAUCCGAGGGUGAAUCCUUUUUCGGCUGAUGCCUUGACGCAGCUGGCGAAUCAGAAAGAGCACAAUUCUUUCAAGGACGCCCAGCGGCUGCUCUCCCUCCUUGCGGUCGCUCCGCAGGGUGAUGUUGGAAUAUGCUGGAUGACCAAGCUCCCCAUUAUCGCAGCCCUCGUUACUGUACUGGCACACCAUCUCCAUUACCCCAACGAGACACCUCCUUCAUCCGACUCUAUGCGCGAGUACAGUCGCAUUCUGCGCAUGCUGAGCACGUUGAUCGAGAAGCGCCCAGAUUUUGAGGUUCAAAAGAUGAGGGACCUAUGUAUGGUGCUAUUCUCCAGGGUCGAGACGGGGUUGAGGGUAUCAUGGCUGAACAAUGUCGUUGAUGAAGGGGAGCUAGGGUCGGCAUAGGCGGGGAAGAGAGAUAAGGUGGUGGUGAAGGAUGAGACAGAGAAUUAGUACCCGAAGAGAAGUGUAGGCGCAGAAGCGAAGAUACCGAACACAGGGCUCCACUAUGCAUUGAAAAGCGGACAUACGUAAGGGUUAGCUUUGGCUAGGAGAGGACGCGUAGAAGCAAGCGUCAAGCGUUGAACGUGCGCACCGUUAGGGACAGUUCAUCGAACAUGGCGGUACAGUUUGACAGGUGUCUCGGAAGCAUAGCAUUAACAGCGCAUCCAGGAAAUGACGGCCUUUUCUCAAAC